AUGCUCAGCUUUCGAGGCGCUGGCGACGAAGCUUGCUGCUUCUCCCGACGAACUCAAGUUGACGUUUUCGUUCCUCCUGUCGUAUCCGUUGGCGGGCAUCCUCAAGCGUCUGCCGGACUCGAAGCCGCUGCAAAAGAACAUCUUCAUUAUAUGUCGCCACGAGCCAACAGCGUCUCGCUCUUCUAUCUCGUCGGCCUCUUCGACCUGUGGGAUGGCAUCCUCACCCUGGCCAUCAGCGCGGGCGGCACCUACGCCAUCGCAAAGUUCCUGCGCGGCAGCCCCUACAUGCCCUGGAUCGGCUUCUUCUUCGUCAUGGGCCACAUGUCCGUCAGCCACAUCCAGCGACAGAUCACAAACACGCCCGACGUCGUCGACAUCACCGGCGCCCAGAUGGUGCUCAUCAUGAAGCUCUCGGCCUUUUGCUGGAACGUCGCCGACGGCCAGCUGCCCACCGACCAGCUGUCCGAGCUGCAGCAGAACCGCGCCCUCAAGGAGCUCCCGCCGCUCGUCGACUACACUGCCUACGUGCUCUUCUUCCCCUCGCUGUUCGCCGGGCCGGCCUUUGAUUAUGCCGAGUAUCGCCGCUGGAUCGACACCUCCAUGUUCGACGUGCCCGCCCAGGUCGAUCCCGCCAAGAAGCCUCCCGUGCGGAAGAAGCGCAAGAUUCCUCGCAGCGGCACCCCCGCCACCAAGAAGGCCCUCACCGGGCUCGUCUGGAUCGGCCUGUUUGUCGGCCUGUCGGGCAAGUUUAGCCACACCCACGUUACCGACGAGUCCUUCACCGAGCGAUCGUUCCUCCACCGCGUCUUCCUCAUCCACAUGGCCAGUCAGGUGACGCGCUUCAAGUUUUACGGCGUGUGGGCGCUGACCGAGGGCGCCUGUAUCCUGGCCGGCUUGGGCUACAACGGCAUCGAUCCCGCCACUGGAAAGGUUUCGUGGAACCGCCUGCAAAACGUCGAUCCCUGGACUGUCGAGACGGCGCAGAAUCCUCGAGCGUAUCUGGCUGGAUGGAACAUGAACACCAACAACUGGCUGCGCAACUACAUCUACCUCCGGGUGACGCCCCGAGGCAAGAAGCCCGGUUUCCGAGCCAGCAUGACGACGUUUGUCACCAGUGCCUUUUGGCAUGGCUUCUACCCUGGCUACUACCUCAGCUUUAUGCUGGCCAGUCUGAUCCAAACGUCGGCCAAGAACUUCCGCCGACACGUUCGCCCCUUUUUCCUCGACCCCAUCACCGGAAACCCCACGCCCAAGAAGAAGUACUACGACUUCGCCACCUACCUCGUCACCCAGCUGACAUUCUCCUUCACCACGCUGCCCUUCCUCGUCCUGGGCUUCAAGGACUCCUUCCGCGCCUGGUCCCACGUCUACUUUUACGCCUUCGUCUGGACCACGGCGUCGCUCGCCUUCUUCGCGUCGCCCGGAAAGUCCCUGCUGAAGAAGAAGCUCGAGAGUCGCCAGGGCAAGGCUAGCGCCCGGCUCAAGCGCUCGACGAGCAGCGAGAGCCUUUCGGGCGUGGAGCCGAUUCUCGGCAUGAAGGAUCCUGAGGAUGACAUUGCUGAGGCUGUGAGCGAGUUUAGGGCGGAGAUUGCGGCGCUGCAGAAGCGGAAGACGCGAUGA